UUAUCUGUUGCAAUGUUUAUGUUUUUUAAAUUUUCCGAGACACGAUCAAUUAUCUUCAGUUAACUGAUUCUUGUUUGGUUCUGCUCUGAAUCAUUUAAUUCCUUCUUCAUCAAUUAAUUUCCACCUGACAUAGAGCUAUAUUUGUUUAAAUUUCAACGGUUGUGCAAGGAUGUACCCACUGCCUACGUCUCCAUUGGCAAGAAUCUGGGCGAUGUGGAGCCACCUCCAGUUCAUCGGCAGUCGGGAAUUGACAGCCAGAGGUGAUAACUAUUAUCUAGCCUUCGAAGGGAUCAGGUAUGCCAAGCCACCAAUUGGGUACAACAGUUUCAGGGACCCGAUCAGUUUCGACUAUUUAGGCAAUGUGGAGCGUAAGGUGCACUGUAUGGACAUAGACUCAACCAAUAAAGUGUUUGGAGAGGAAGAUUGCCUCUGCCUCAACGUCUAUAGCCCUUUGCCUUAUGUAAAUAAAAGCUUGCCAGUGUUGGUCUGGAUCGACGGGAACGGCUUCCGUUACGGAGGUGUCAGAACCAGCGUCUGCCAGCCUGUCAGGCUUGUGGAAAAAGGGAUGGUGGUCGUGACAUUGAGCUACCGGCUGGGCCCACUAGGCUUUCUGAGCUCAGAAGAUCAGAGCAAUCCAGGCAAUUACGGACUCAAAGACCAGCAGAUGGCCAUCGAAUGGGUCUUCAAGAAUAUACAAAAGUUUGGAGGUGAUCCGAAUAAGAUUACUUUGGGAGGAGAAGGCGCUGGAGCUGCACACGUCCUCUUCCACUUAAACGGCGCUCUGUCGGGCAGGAUUGGCAAGGGGAUAGCUCUUAGUGGGUCCAGGUUUGCACCCUGGGCCUUAUCGAAAAGGCGAUGGGUGGAGGGAAAUACGAAAAACAUCAUGGCCUCAUUUUUUUGCUUUUACAACCUGGACUGUUUUAGAACAAUGAACAGCUCGAAGAUAGUCACUGAAGCAAACAGAAUGUACAGCUAUACAUUAGUGUACCAUGCCAACUGGUUGCAGAAGCUUUUGUAUCCUUUCAUACCCGUUGUGGACAAUGUGGUUAUCGAGUAUGACCCUUGGAAAAAGCCGGAAACACGGGGAAACUUUUCCCUCCUCCUUGGUAUGAAGGAUGAAGAAGGGUCUUUCAUCGACUUAUGUAAGUCAGCAAAUAUACACACAAAACAAUCACAAACUGAUAACAUUUCAACAAAAAUAGUACUCGAGAAAAACUGGAAAUUCAGUUCAUCCGUAUCGUCGAUCAUUUGGGAUGACUUCAACUAUGAGAUGAUCAUAGGGAAGGCGAACAAUCUCGUGCUGGAAGAUAGGUAUAAAGUGGCAGCAUUCUACAAAAGUAAUAACGACUUGAAGAGCAUCAUCAAGGAUGGGUGGUUCGUUUUUCCAGCCAUGGCAGAGGCCAAAUUCCACAGAGGUCCUUUCGAGGCGUUCAUGUACCAGGACCUACGAGGUACUCCAUCUCAGAACAAAACGAUGGAAAACCUGUCGGACCUGAUUGCCAGAUUUGUCUACGGGAGCCCAUGCGAGCUUAAACCACACUCAGAGAACAAGCAUUUCUUCAAGGUCACGGAUGCUCUCAAUGACCCAAGACUUUUCAAGGAAUUGGAUGAAGCCUUGUCAAAGAGGAUGGAGACGUGGAAGUCGUUAAAUAUAUUACCACUGCACGAUUCCACUUCCAUUGCCUCCCAUGUUGGCAGUCCACACCCAGACAUCCUGGAUGGCAACGAGUCCACACCCAUACCGCAACUACGCCGCCUCAAACAGUUUCUGGCAAGGCUCCAACAGUGUCGGAGAAGGCUCCUACAAUGUCGGAGAAGGAGGAAGCAGGCUGAGAUAAUGCAACCAAGCCGCCUCCAGGAGUGUCAUAAAAGGCUUCAACAGUGUCAAAAAAGGAGGCAGCAACCAAAAGACCCAGAACCUGUAUAAAUAAAUUUGACUUGAUUUUAUCAAACUAGAUAUUAUUCUGAUCAUUACCGCUUUCAAUAAAGAAGUAGAAUUUACCAUUUUUAAAUAAA